GAGUGUUUAUAUAAAUAUUUAAGUCGUUGAUGGGAUGAGAUACAAGAGCUCUAGUUGAAAAUAAUUCCUUAUAUUAUUUAAAAGUUUGACUUGGUUUAGAGAAAACGACUGAAUCGGUGAUAACUUUCAAGGCACUAUUUUACCAGGAGGAAUGGCAUCUGAAAAUAGCUGCACACAAAAUUUUGUAGAAGAAGAUUUGGAAAAAUGCAAUAGCAUACGAAAGGUAAUGUCAAUGCUGCCUUGUUUCAGUCAGAAUAUGGAUAGUGUGGAACAAGAUGUUAAAAAGGCCAAUGGUAGACGUAAGAAAUGGUGUGGUUUUAAAAGAACGAUGGUCAUUCUGGUGGUUGUUGUGUUUGCAGUUUCAAAUUUUGCUACUAUGAUAUAUGUCUUCGGAAAUAAACAGUCGACAUUUAACCGAGAUGCAAUAAAUAUUGAUAGUGGGUCAUCUAGUGCUCCGUCAAGACAGACAGCGGAUGCAGCAAUGUCAAGAUUAUUCUUAAGCAUUGGAUCGGGUCAUCUGUUUCAACUACAAGAAUGCCAGGGAACACAGUACAAGGUGACUUUUCCGGAUAUUGACUACGCUUUGAUGGGUUACAACGUUCUACGAGGUUACCCAUUGGCAACAGGACACGAUCCUGGUUUCACGUUGCCAAUAUUUACUGCCGACUAUAAGAACGGGGUUCAGACUGCUGACUGCCGAUAUAAUGUUCCGAAGGGUCUUGUAGUGGCUCCUGAUGUCUCCUGUGUUACAUCGUUUUCGUCAAAGGUAGUGCAAACCAGUUACGAGUAUGCACAAUCGCUGUCAGUAUCCGCCAGUGUUAAUGGAGGUGGAUGGGGUGUUAGCUUUUCGGCAAGCGCCGGGUAUAAAGAAUCUUCAUCUGAAAUGGCUUCCGGCGAGUCAGUUUUUAUUAUAUCUACCGCUAAAUGCAACUACUAUUUUACUAAAUUAGUCCAACGCUCACCCCCGCCAUUUAAUCCUGAUUUCUUUCAAUGGAUUUUGCGAUUGAAUAAUACAGAUAAUACAGAUAUCUAUAUUGAGUUCUUUGAAACAUACGGGACUCAUUUUGCCACCGAAGUAAAAUUUGGUGCAAGAUUUACAUACGAACAUAAAAUGAAGUCCGAAACAUUUCAGUCACAGAGUGAAAAAGGGAUUGACGUUGGUGUUUCAGCAAGCUACUCGGGUGCAGUUAGCGCUGGUGCAAGCUUUUCAAUGGAAUAUUCACAAAAAGAAAAAGCUUCCGAUUUCUCUAAAUCAGUAGAAACGAAAACGAUUACAGUCGGGGCAGCGCCUCCUGCUAACGGAGAUGCUAUGACGUGGGCAUCCACGGUAAAAGAGAGUCCUGUACCAUCUGAAUACAAACUAGAGUCCAUAGAAGAGCUGUUCACGGAAAGGUACAUGGAUAAGACCAAAGUUAAUGUAAACCUCGAAAAGAUAUCUCAAACUAUUAGAAAGUAUAAAUCGGUAUACUGUGAAUACUUACUUGCAAAAGGGGACAUCGAGUCUUGCCAGGCUCUCACACCUGGAUUAAUGCUUAGCAAAACGAGAUUAUAUGCACAUUAUGCAGAACACAUAUUGUCAUAUAAAGAAUGCGUCGAUUAUUGUUUAAGGCAGAUGGAAUGCUCGGCUGUAACAUAUUGCGAUAAAUGUAGCAGCUCAGAUGUUCAUCACAAAACGUGCUAUCUCUACAAAAAAGAUACUCGUUUUGAAAUAGCAGCUGGUAACGAGAAAGAAUGGAAAAGUCUUUUCUUUGUCGGAAAAGUUAAUGCCAACCUAGUUCUUCACAACACGACGGUUGUCGGAAUUGCCAGGAAAUAUCAACUUAAGAAAGGUGAAACAAUUGACGAAUUGAAAUGUCACAUAAUGUGCGUUCAAGAUGUUCAUUGUGUCGUUUACAGCUAUUGCGUUUGCCCAGGUAUCGAUCAAAAAUGUACACUGUAUAGUAUUGAAAACGUGUUAGGCUUCAAAGUGGAGGAAGGGACCAUGUCAGUUUUCGUUACUAAACAUACUUUCUGAGACGGACUACGAAAUACCUGUGUAAUUAUAA